GCUAGGAGGGUGCGAAGGUUAGGUGACGAGCCGGGAGUGGCUAGGGGUCAGAUGGCGGCGCCCAGGGGAAAUUGAACUUACUAGGCUGUGGGAAAAGUCGGCAGGCAGCUCCAGUGCAGCCGCGCUAACCCGUAGAGGUUGUGGGCCGUCACUUCCACUCCCUGGGCCCCUUUCCUCGAUUGAUCCCUCUCCCCGCCCAAGGGUGCGAUGUGGCGAAGCUGCUUUCGGCUUGGGGCCAGUGGCGGGAGCUUCCCAUGCCGUCCUUGCCUUGUCUCUGCCGCCCCAGUAGGAUCGGGGGACCAGGCCGGGCCACUCUCUCUCCUCCGCCGGUCUUACGCACCCCCCGCAGAAAGGAAGAAGUUUUAUCAGAACGUCAGCAUUACACAAGGUGAAGGUGGCUACGAGAUAAACCUGGACCACCGGAAGCUAAAGACUCCCAAUGCCAGGCUUUUCACGGUGCCCAGCAAAGCCCUGGCUGUCGCCGUGGCCACGGAGUGGGACUCUCAGCAAGACACCAUCAAGUUCUACACGAUGCAUUUGACCACACUGUGUAACACAUCUUUAGACAACCCGUCUCAGCGAAACAAAGAUCAGCUUAUCCACGCCUCUAUGAAGUUUCUGGACACAGACACGAUCUGCUAUAGGGUGGAGGAGCCUGAGACCUUAGUGGAACUUCAAAAGAAUGAGUGGGAUCCAGUUAUAGAAUGGGCGGAAAAAAGAUAUGACGUCAAGCUUGGAUCGUCCACGAAUAUCAUGGGACCUGACAUCCCGGCCAAGACGAAGGAGGUUUUCAUCAGUCAUCUGGCAUCUUAUAACAUGUGGGCCUUACAAGGUAUAGAAUUUGUGGUGACCCAGUUGAAGUCCUUGAUCCUGUCCCUGGGCUUGAUCGACAGGCACCUGACAGUGGAAAAGGCAGUCCUGCUGUCUCGCCUGGAAGAAGAGUACCAGAUCCAGAAAUGGGGCAACGUGGAGUGGGCCCACGACUACGAACUGCACGAACUGCGGGCUCGAACCGCAGCCGGGACGCUCUUUGUGCACCUUUGCUCGGAGAGCUCCGCAGUGAAGCACAAACUCCUGCAGGAGUGAGGCCAGGAAAGCGACAGGCCACUGCGAUGUACACGGACAGCGCCUUCUCCACAGCGGAGGAACGAGAGCCGCCCCUGUGGUUGCCCGGAAGGCUUUCGCUCCAGCCUUAACGGUCAUAUUCAGCAUGUCAUCCAGAUGGGGAACGUAUGUCAAAGCUUCUAAUUGCUUGUGGCUCCAGAAUCCCUCCCGUUUUUAGCAUUAUGCCUCCGUUUCCCCAGAGCUGAACAUCUUACCUUCGCUUCUGCUGGUCUUGAUUUAAAAUCAGAGACUCAGUACCUGUCACCAGUCAGGAAACUCGUCAAAGUCAGUUCGUCUUGCCCUUUUUUGCUCACAAACUCUUCCAAUUGGAAGAUGAACUAUUUACUGUAAUUAAAACUCUGGAGAAUCACCUGGUUCGUGUCUAAAGAAAAUUCAGAAUUUCUCCCUCGUUUUUUGUCUUUAAAGUCCCCUUCUUACAUCAUUGUUCAGUAUGACAAUCUGCCAUUUCUUAGCAUCACCGUUAUAUAAGACAGCAGAAGGAGCAAACGGUUCUCCAAAUCUGCAUGCAGGGAAGGCUUUUCAAACAGCCUGUCCUUAUUAGCACCCUUAAAAAUAAACUUUAGGAACUUAUUUUGAACCUGAAUCCCAAAAUAAAGAAAAGAAAGCCAC